CCGCAGACUUCACCUCUCGGCCAAACCCACCGGACAAACACACACACACACACACACGCACACACACACUGCAGCUGGUGACCGAAAGACACGCUCAUCUGUUCGCUUUGGAAAGGAGGUCCCAGGAGUUAUAUGAGCUCCACCAUGACUGACCGCUUCGACUGCUACUACUGCCGGGACAACCUGCACGGGAAGAAGUAUGUGAAGAAGGACGAGAAGCAUGUGUGCACCAAGUGCUUCGAUAAGCUCUGCGCCAACACCUGCGCAGAGUGCAAACGCCCCAUCGGGGCUGACGCCAAGGAGCUGCACCAUAAGAACCGUUACUGGCAUGAGGACUGUUUCCGUUGUGCCAAGUGCUACAAGCCACUGGCCACCGAGCCGUUCAACGCCCGGGAUGAUGGCAAAAUCAUGUGUGGCAAGUGUGGCUCCAGGGAGGACGGCAACCGUUGCCAGGGCUGCUACAAGGUGGUCCUGCCAGGAUCUCAGAACGUGGAGUAUAAGAACAAGGUGUGGCACGAGGAAUGCUUCAAGUGCUUUGAAUGCAGCCAGCCGAUCCGCACGCAGAGCUUCCUGACCAAAGGUGAUGACAUCUACUGCGCUCCCUGCCACGACAAGAAGUUCGCCAAGAAGUGCUUCCACUGCAAGCAGCCCAUCACCUCUGGAGGGAUCAGCUACCAGGACCAUCCCUGGCACUCCGAGUGUUUCGUGUGCGAGACCUGCCGUAAGCCUCUGGCAGCAGCUCGCUUCACUUCCCAUGAGAACCAUGUUUACUGCGUGGACUGCUUCAAGACCGAUGUGGCCAAGAAGUGCCACGGCUGCAAGAACCCAAUUACAGGGUUCGGCCAUGGCACCAAUGUGGUGAACUAUGAGGGAUACUCCUGGCACGAGUAUUGCUUCAACUGCAAGAAGUGCUGCCUCUCACUGGCCAACAAGCGCUUCGUCAUCAACGGAGAUCACAUCUACUGCCCCGACUGUGCUAAGAAGCUGUGAACUGCUCAGUCAGCUGUGCAGGGGGUCGCAGCUUAAAGUGGAAUUGCACCAAAAACUGACUUUUUGACUGCUAAUUGGUCAAAGAACAAGUAAAAUUGGCUCUAAAAAUAACAUUGUGUCUGAAUUAUCAUAAAAACUGUCAAUUUUGGUGCAACUCCUCUUUGAGGCUGACAUACUAUGGAGUUUAUUUCAACUAAAUAUGCACUAAGCUUGAGUAUUUUAUUUACAUAUUCAUUAUGCAACUUGUUUCAGUGUUGUAUACUAACAUGACAACAGAAUUUCUUCGGUGGGAUUGUGACGUUCUGUAGUCUAAUCUAAUCCACAUUCUGUUCAGCUUUAUGAGACAAAAGCCUUUUCAGUGCCUUACUGGAAUCUUUCAGAGAGAAUAAUAUGCUUUUUACAUGCUGCUAAUACAUACAAUACCAGCUUUGAGUAAUAAUCUUUUACUUUCAAGUCCGAAUAGAUCAAGAAAAUUCUCAAAAAUGUUAAGAGUGAAUUUACAAAUAGGUCUUUGAGAUUGAUGCUGAAAUAUAGACUGCUCAUGUAUUCAAGACUUUAUGCGUGAACACAGAUGUAAAACAAGAAUAAAAGGAGAAAGUGGUGUUGAUGUGUCCUAU